AUGCAACAAAUAUAUCAGUACGACCUCGAUAUUGAGAAAUCAAUAUUUGGCACUGCAGUCAGUUCCAAUAGGACUAUCUGUAAUCAGUCAAUAUUGGAGCCCUUGUGUUCUCCAUCAGAAAAUUACCCAAAUCCUUCAUUUGUGGCUCUUGUAAUAGCCAUAACGAAUAUAAUAUUUACGAUAUUCAUACUAUUUCAGCUUUCGCAGUUGCUUUGGAACAAUUGGUACGGACCAUUUCGAAUUAAGUACGGGUUUGGCAGUAUUUUAUCAAAACAAAACCUUGGCUUAGCAAACGCAUGCAAAGUCUUUACAUUAACAGUUCAAGUCGUAUUGGCAUCGUUCCUUUUGGGAUUAAAUUAUGAAAGUUACCAUGAUAUAAACUCUAUUUCGCUAGUUACUUUAGUGGUAGCUAUUUUAUUUGCAGCCGUGCCGCUUCACUUAAGUGAGCCUGCAAGAAUUCUCACUCCACUGGCAUCCUUAUUAUUAUUUUGGUGUGUCCAAAUAAUUGUUAGUGGUGCAUGGACACUUCAGGAACUAUUGACUCCAUAUAAAAUAUUCAAUUCUACGGUGUCUUCCACUGUGAGUAUUUUCAUGUUUGCAAAUUCAAUCAAUAUACUCCUUUUAGAAAUAAUCUAUUACAAGCCUACAAAGGAACUUCUUGAUUAUUUUGAACUAAACGAGUUAGAUAUUUCUUUUUCAAGGAAUAUCUUUUCGGAGCUUUUUAUCAGCUGGUUGGACCCUACCAUCAAAGAAGUUUACAAUGCAGAUGAAUUAGACGAAUCAAAGAUCUCCCUUCCCAGUUUACCAAUGGAAUUACGCUCUGAUUUCGUACAGAGAGAGUUCCAGGAGUAUUGGGAUAUUGAAAAGAAAAAGAGCAACCCUUCAUUAUUCGCUACCAUAGUUCGUGCAAAUUUAGGUACACUUAUUGUCAUGUACAUCUUCAGUUUAGGAGAAGUUUUAAUUUCAUUCACUCAGCCCUUUUUACUUCAGAAAUUAAUUGUUUUCUUCUCUGUUAAAACUUCACCUUCAACUGGUUCAAAUACACCUCUUAUUACAGGUAUUGCAAUUGUCAUUCUUAUAUUUUUGGUGUCUGUUUUAAGGUCGAUCUUAAUUAAUAGAACCGAUAUUCAACUAUUUAAAAUGAUCUUCAAAGUUCAAGGUUCGAUUUCUUCCAUAGCAUACGAGAAAGCACUUAAACUAUCUCCAGAAGUAAGGAAAUCAAAAACUAGUGGAGAUAUUAUUAAUCACUUUUCAACGGACAUAAGUACAAUUGAAGAUGUUGCAACAAGAUUCUCUGAAGUUAUAAAUAACAUUUUAAGGAUUGGAAUCAGUUUGUUUUCAUUAUUUAAAGUUAUUGGAAAUGGUACCUGGGCUGGGCUCACUGUUGCAUUAAUUCUUGUUCCAAUUAGUAGCAAGAUAAGUACGUCAGUUUUCCCACUUUACAGUGCAACAGUAAAGUACAAGGAUGCCAGAAUCAGAUUGACCAGCGAAAUCUUAUCAUCAAUUAGAAGCGUGAAGUUAUACUCAUGGGAGAAGCCUAUCUUAAAAAGAUUAGAUACGGUUAGGAAUGACCAGGAAUUAUAUACGAACAAAAGAAUUGGGGUAUUUAAUGCAUUUUCAACAUUUUUGUUUUCUUGCAUUCCCUUCUUUAUUUCAUUUUCAAGUUUUCUUCUCUGCGUUUAUAUCUCAGAUGUACCUUUGACGCCAGAGAGAGUGUUUCCAGCUUUAGCUUUGUUCGAUAUGCUAGCAAGUCCAAUUUUGAUGCUUCCGUACAUGUUUUCCAGUAUGCUUGAAAUUAAAGUUUCCAUGGAUAGGUUAAGACAAUUUCUCAUAUCAGAAGAGUUGGAAAAGAAAGGCUUGCAAAGAACCUAUAAACCUUUGAAAAGUAAUGAAAUUUCGGUCACUAUUGAGAAUUCUUCAUUUAUCUGGAGUACAAAAGAGCAGCCUGUUGAAACCUCCAAACUGAAUAUUGCCCUUAGUGACAUAAACUUUACUGCCAGGAAGAGUCAGUUAACUUGCAUAGUUGGGAAAGUGGGGAGCGGGAAAACGACACUUAUCAAAAGUAUUCUAGGAGAAAUCCCAAGGGUCGAAGAUAAGACUUCAAAACUACAUGUCAAUGGAACGAUAGCCUACUGUUCUCAAGCACCUUGGAUAUUAAAUGCCACAGUGAAAGAGAAUAUUUUGUUCGGUAAUAGGUUUGAAAAAGAAUUCUAUGACAUAGUUAUUGGAGCUUGUGAACUCAUAAGUGAUUUAGAUUCUUUGCCUGAUGGUGAUGAGACCGUGGUAGGGGAAAAGGGAAUUUCAUUAAGUGGGGGCCAGAAAGCUAGAGUCUCGUUGGCAAGGGCAGUUUAUGCUAGAGCAGAUGUUUAUUUGUUGGAUGAUAUACUUUCAGCUGUAGAUGCUCAUGUCGGAAAGAAUAUAAUUCACAAAGUGCUUAGUGCAAAUGGUGUUUUGGCUACAAAGACAAAGAUUUUAGCUACUAAUUCUGUUGGAGUUCUUUCUGAAGCUCACGAAAUACUUUUGUUGGAAGAUGGUGGUAUUGUUGAGCGUGGAACAUUUCGAAGCAUUAUGGAUAAAAAUAAAUCUAAGUUGUAUGAUUUAAUUAAGGAAUAUGGCAGACAAGAUGAAGUAGAACUUGCUUUAACUAUUAGCCAGAGUCAAGAUUUGGCCUCUGAAGCCGUCUCAUUGGACUCGUUAGAUGAAGUAAAAGACUACCAACCUGAUUCAACCAAUACUGGCCGCUCCAGAAGAGGCACUAUUGGAGCCGCUACAAUAUUACCAUUUGGUCAAGAAAAUGAAAUUGUUUUGGAUUCUGUAGAACAAGUUGGCGAAGACGGAUUACCUAUUCAAAAGAAAACGGAACAUGUUAAGGAGGAAGUAGGCAAGGGCAGAGUCAAGCUCUCGGUAUUCCUAGAGUACAUAAGAGCUUGCAACUACCCGUACGCUUUGUUGUACUUAUUAUUAACUACAACAUCUAUUGGUUCAAUGGUAUAUGGGAAGUAUUUGCUCAAAACAUGGUCUGAAAUAAAUGAACGAAAUGGAGCUAACACAGACCCAUUGAAAUAUUUAGGUUACUAUGCUACUUCUGGUGUAGUUGCGGGCGGAUUAACCUUUAUAUCAGCAAUUAUUGCCUGGACAUACUGUGUCAUAUGUGGUUCAAAGUAUUUCCAUGAUAAGAUGGUUCAGCGAGUGUUAAGAUCUCCCAUGUCUUUCUUUGAUACUACGCCGAUUGGUAGAAUUCUAAACAGAUUUUCUCAAGAUAUCGGUUUAAUUGAUGCACUUUUGGCUUGGAUAAUCAUAGACCUUUUGGGAGAGUUAUUAAAUGCCAUCGCUGUUUUCUUUGUGAUUGUGGUUAGUUUACCACCAAUGGGUGUAAUGAUACUAUUAUUAGUUCUUGUUUACAAGGAAAUUAAGAAUUUUUUUGUACCGGCUUCAAGAGAAUUCAAAAGAUUGAUAAGUGUUAAACUGAGUCCUAUAUUUUCUCACUUGCAAGAGCUGGUAAAUGGGGUUGAAUCAUUGAGGGCCUAUAAUCAGCAAGACAGGUUUAUCUUCAAAAACAAAGCCUAUUUGGAUUCAAAAAUUAAAGUAAACUAUCUAUUGAACAUGUGCAACAGAUGGCUUUCGAUCAGAUUAAGAGGAAUCUCCUCCAUUGUUUUACUAACGUCUGCGAUGUAUAUAGUAUUGACUAUAAAUACUAAAUUUCAAAUUAGUGUUGGUCUUGUUGGGUUUAUCAUGGUAUAUGUUUUGCGUAUCAAUGAUAUUUUGAAUUCAAUAAUUAGACUUUGGGUUGCACUUGAAUCGAAGUCUGUUGCUCUUGAGAGACUUGUUGAAUACUGUAACUUGCCUUCAGAAGCCGAAAUGGUGAUUGAAUCAAGUAGACCACCUAAAGACAAUUGGCCCAGCAACGCUGCCAUUAGCUUUGACAAUUAUAGUACUAGAUACAGAGAAAAUUUGGAUCCUGUAUUGACCAACAUUUGCUUAGAUUUCAAGCCAUCUGAAAAAAUAGGUAUUGUUGGUAGAACGGGAGCAGGUAAAUCUUCAUUGACGCUAGCAAUUUUCAGAAUGAUUGAAUCCACCACCGGUAAUAUUAACAUAGAUGGCAUUGAUACUAGUAAGAUUGGACUUUAUGACUUGAGAAGCAAAUUAAGUAUUAUUCCCCAGGACUCUCAAACCAUUGAAGGGACUAUUAGACAAAAUUUAGAUCCCUUUGGCAAAUACGAAGAUUCCGAAUUAUGGAGAGUAUUAGAAUUGGCCCACUUGAGGGAUCAUGUGAAGUCAAUGCAUACGAAUGCUAAUGAAGAGUCUAAAACAGAUGAAGUUGCUACUGGGCUUGACGCUUUUGUAACUGAAGGGGGCUCCAAUCUUUCCUCUGGCCAGAAGCAGUUGUUGUGCUUAGCAAGAGCAUUGUUGAACCCUUCAAAGAUAUUGAUUUUGGAUGAAGCAACCGCCGCUGUUGAUGUUCAAACUGAUAAGAUCAUUCAGGACACAAUUCGUAAGGAAUUCAAUGACAAGACCAUAUUGACCAUUGCCCAUAGAUUAGAAACCAUUAUGGACAGUGAUAGAGUAGUUGUUUUAGAUAAAGGGAAGGUGAAAGAAUUUGCAACUGUUCCAGAAUUGUUGGAUAACAAAGAUGGUGAAUUCUAUCUGUUGUGUGAGAAGGGUGGGUUUUUGAAGAACAAGCAAGAACUGGAAGAACAGUAA